AUGGUAAAAAAUUUUUUUCUACCAGGAUUUUCACAAGAAAAAAAAGAAAAAAACCCCGGCUCGGUUGAAUUUCAAGUAUUCAAUUUCACCAAUAAGAUACGAAGACUUACCUCACAUUUGGAAUUGCACCGAAAAGAUUAUUUAUCUCAAAGAGGUUUACAAAAAAUUUUGGGAAAACGACAACGGCUACUAUCUUAUUUGUCAAAUAAAAAUAGAAUACGCUAUAACAAAUUAAUAAAUCAAUUGGAUAUUCGGGAGUCAAUAAUUCGUUAA